UAAAUGUUCACAUGAGAAUUCACACUGGUGAGAAGCGCUUUUCAUGUGGGUUGUGUGGAACUCGUUUCUCUCAAAAAGGUUAUUUAAAUGUUCACAUGAGAAUUCACACAGGUGAGAAGCCCUUCUCAUGUGGGACCUGUGGAAAGAGUUACAGUGAAAGAAGGCUUUUAACUCCGCACAUGAGAAUUCACACAGGUGAGAGGCCUUUCACUUGCGGGAUCUGUGGAAAGAGUUACAGUGAAAGAGGGACUUUAACUCAUCAUAUGAGAAUUCACACAGGUGAGAAGCCAUUCUCUUGUGGGACUUGUGGAAAAAGUUUCUCGCAGAAAGAACAACUAAAUGCUCAUAUGAAAGUACACACAGGCGAGAAGCCUUUCUCUUGUGGGACUUGUGGAAAGAGUUUCUCUCGAAAGGGCACUCUAAAUGUUCACAUGAGAAUUCACACAGGUGAGAAGCCCUUCUCAUGUGGGACCUGUGGAAAGAGUUACAGUGAAAGAAGGUUUUUAACUCCGCACAUGAGAAUUCACACAGGUGAGAGGCCUUUCACUUGCGGGAUCUGUGGAAAGAGUUACAGUGAAAGAGGGACUUUAACUCAUCAUAUGAGAAUUCACACAGGUGAGAAGCCAUUCUCUUGUGGGACUUGUGGAAAAUGUUUCUCUCAGAAAGAACAACUAAAUGCUCAUAUGAAAGUACACACAGGUGAGAAGCCUUUCUCUUGUGGGACUUGUGGAAAACGUUUCUCUCAAAAAGGUUAUUUAAAUGUUCACAUGAGAAUUCACACAGGUGAGAAGCCCUUCUCAUGUGGGACCUGUGGAAAGAGUUACAGUGAAAAAGGGACUUUAACUCGGCACAUUAGAAUUCACACAGGUGAGAAGCCCUUCUCAUGUGGGACCUGUGGAAAGAGUUACAGUGAAAGAAGGUUUUUAACUCCGCACAUGAGAAUUCACACAGGUGAGAGGCCUUUCACUUGCGGGAUCUGUGGAAAGAGUUACAGUGAAAGAGGGACUUUAACUAAUCACAUGAGAAUUCACACAGGUGAGAAGCCAUUCUCAUGUGGGACCUGUGGAAAGAGUUACAGUGAAAAAGGGACUUUAACUCGGCACAUUAGAAUUCACACAGGUGAGAAGCCCUUCUCAUGUGGGACCUGUGGAAAGAGUUACAGUGAAAGAAGGUUUUUAACUCCGCACAUGAGAAUUCACACAGGUGAGAGGCCUUUCACUUGCGGGAUCUGUGGAAAGAGUUACAGUGAAAGAGGGACUUUAACUAAUCACAUGAGAAUUCACACAAGUGAGAAGCCUUUCUCCUGUGGGUCGUGUGGAAAACGUUUCUCUCAAAAAGGUAAUUUAAAUGUUCACAUGAGAAUUCACACAGGUGAGAAGCCCUUCUCAUGUGGGACCUGUGGAAAGAGUUACAGUGAAAGAGGGACUUUAACUCAGCACAUGAGAAUUCACACAGGUGAGAAGCCUUUCUCUUGUGGGUCUUGUGGAAGAGGUUUCUUCCUAAAAACUAAUUUAAAUGUUCACAUUAGAAUUCACACAGGUGAGAAGCCUUUCUCUUGUGGGACCUGUAGAAAGAGUUUCUCUCGAAAGGACGCUCUAAAUGUCCACAUGAUAAAUCACACAGAUGAGAAGCCUUUCUCUUGUGGGACCUGUGGAAAGAGUUUCUCUCGAAAGGACGCUCUAAAUGUCCACAUGAUAAAUCACACAGGUGAGAAGCCUUUCUCUUGUGGGUCUUGUGGAAGACGUUUCUCCCGAAAACCCUAUUUAAAUGCUCAUAUGAAAAUUCACACAGGUGAGAAGCCUUUCUCAUGUGGGAGCUGUGGAAAGAGUUACAGUGAAAGAAGGACUUUAACUCAGCACAUGAAAAUUCACACAGGUGAGAAGCCUUUCUCAUGUGGGAGCUGUGGAAAGAGUUACAGUGAAAGAAGGACUUUAACUCAGCACAUGAAAAUUCACACAGGUGAGAAGCCUUUCUCAUGUGGGAGCUGUGGAAAGAGUUACAGUGAAAGAAGGACUUUAACUCAGCACAUGAAAAUUCACACAGGUGAGAGGCCUUUCUCUUGUGGGUCGUGUGGAAAACGUUUCUGUCGAAAAGGUAAUUUAAAUGUUCACAUGAGAAUUCACACAGGUGAGAAGCCCUUCUCAUGUGGGACCUGUGGAAAGAGUUACAGUGAAAGAGGGCCUUUAACUCAGCACAUGAGAAUUCACACAGGUGAGAAGCCUUUCUCUUGUGGGUCUUGUGGAAGAGGUUUCUUCCUAAAAACUAAUUUAAAUGUUCACAUGAGAAUUCACACAGGUGAGAAGCCUUUCUCUUGUGGGACCUGUGGAAAGAGUUUCUCUCGAAAGGACGCUCUAAAUGUCCACAUGAUAAAUCACACAGAUGAGAAGCCUUUCUCUUGUGGGACCUGUGGAAAGAGUUUCUCUCGAAAGGACGCUCUAAAUGUCCACAUGAUAAAUCACACAGGUGAGAAGCCUUUCUCUUGUGGGUCUUGUGGAAGACGUUUCUCCCGAAAACCCUAUUUAAAUGCUCAUAUGAAAAUUCACACAGGUGAGAAGCCUUUCUCAUGUGGGAGCUGUGGAAAGAGUUACAGUGAAAGAAGGACUUUAACUCAGCACAUGAAAAUUCACACAGGUGAGAAGCCUUUCUCAUGUGGGAGCUGUGGAAAGAGUUACAGUGAAAGAAGGACUUUAACUCAGCACAUGAAAAUUCACAGUGAGAAGCCUUUCUCAUGUGGGAGCUGUGGAAAGAGUUACAGUGAAAGAAGGACUUUAACUCAGCACAUGAAAAUUCACACAGGUGAGAAGCCCUUCUCAUGUGGGACCUGUGGAAAGAGUUACAGUGAAAGAGGGCCUUUAACUCGGCACAUGAGAAUUCACACAGGUGAGAGGCCUUUCUCUUGUGGGUCGUGUGGAAAACGUUUCUGUCAAAAAGGUAAUUUAAAUGUUCAUAUGAGAAUUCACACAGGCGAGAAGCCCUUCUCAUGUGAGACCUGUGGAAAGACUUACAUUGAACGAGGGACUUUAACUAAUCACCUGAGAAUUCACACAAGUGAGAAGCCUUUCUCUUGUGGGAGCUGUGGAAAAAGUUACAGUAACAGAAGUAAUUUAUCUCGUCACAUGAAGACUCACUCUGAUGAGAAUCCAUAGGUCUAAAACAGAUCCGAUCCAAUUUGGCAUCUAAUCUUAUGGAAAAUCUGGUCAGAUGAUGUAAACAGCAAGUUGAACAUAUUAAAGUCAACAGAUUCUUGCAGGCUGCUAGUGAUUCACUGUGAUUGUGUCUUUCACUGUCUGACCAAGAUAAACCUGAGGUCUACGUUUGCCUAGCUGCUUGUUUUCCUUAAUCCAGUUUUUUGUUUUAAUUCUCAGUCGUAUUUGUACUUAAGAUCCCCAUCAGUAUCCCAUUAGAUACUGAAGUUAAAGAGGGGAACACAUUCAGACAGGAUUAAUUUCUGUGCAUUUCAGUCUUCAUGGAGUUCUGUACCAUGUAGAAUAAUUGAGUUUAGCUUUUAUUUGAAGUUUCUGUGUUUGACUGGAUGUAAAAUACUUUAGAAAUGAAAGCAGUGAAAUGUUCUUGUUUUUCCAUAAAUAAAACUCUGAUGUUUGUUUGAAAAAAAUCUCUAAAAUAAUUUUGAUCUGGUCAGAUUUUGAUUUAGAGCUAACCACAGAGAGGUUUUUAUGUUCCCAAAUGUUUGUCAUUGUUACACUUUGCUAUGAGAAGCAAAGUAUAUUAUUAAAAAGGUUUGUUAAAAUAUAUACUAGUAUUUUGAGCAGAAUAUGCUUUUUAAUAACUGUUGAUGUGAAUAAAUAUUGAUGGAUUAUUCAGUGA